AUGGUAUCAGUUCAAAGUUUACUGUGCGAAGUAACACCAUUGUUCUCAUCCCAGUAUACUUUGAAAGCAGCAGAUGAGCUGUUUUUUGGCGAUAAAAUGCUUUAUCAUUACUGCUCAAACGAUGAAUCACAAAGAGAGAAACCAGGCCAAAAUCAUUGUUUUAAGGACGAACAGAGUACGAGUUUAGAGAGCGAACAUCGUGAUACUCCCAUUCAUUCGGAUGGUUUGCGUAGUGCUAUUGUUGAUGCUAAAAAAACAUUGAAGCAAGCAUUAGAAGAUGAUGGAAACGAUGAUGCUUCAGCUUUGCUAAAUGAGGUUGCAGCGUUGAAAAAAAUGAGUGAUGAAAUGCGUCUUGAACUUGCAAACUUAAGUAGGGAUUUUCAAAAACUGCUGCAAUAUGUUCAGCAGGUUGGUAUACCCCAACUUUUUAAAGCUAGGUAUCAUUUGCAGUCAAGGACUUAUCUCUUUCUUCAACUUCCACGAAUUGGACGUAAGAUACUUAUUUUGGGCGAUGGGGAUCUUUCCUUCAGUCUUGAAUUCGCUCGUUUGUACACUGAAGUUGAAAUUCAUGCAACUGUUUUCGAGACUUAUAUUGACUAUUUAAAAAAAUAUCCAUCUGCUCAGGAAAACAUCAAAAAACUCCGAACUUAUCAUCCUCGUGUUAAAGUCUCGUUCUCAAUUGAUGCGUGUUCACUUUCAUUAGAAUGGACAGGUAUUUAUGAUGAUAUUAUUUGGAAUUUUCCUCAUCACUGUGGCAAAACUAAUAUUCGAAAAAGUCGUAAUUUGAUGCGAAAAACAUUUGUAAGUAUUGAAAGAAUAUUAUCUGGGGGCCGUUUCCAUCUUACUCUGGCGAAAGGACAAAGUGGUUUGAAUCCUAUUGCUGUCAUUUUAAAUAGAUGUCUCUGUUAUUCCCAACUGCCAAAACAUCGAGCGGAUAGUUGGAAGAUUAUUUACAUAGCUGCAGAGCAGCACUUGAUUCUUGAAGAGGUUUCCAUUUUUCAACGAGAGCAUUUCCCCUCAUAUGUCAGUUCAGGAUAUCGAAAUUCGGAACGAUCCUUUCACAUGGAAUGUGGAGCGGAAACUCUUGUUUUCCGAAUAGCCUUAGCUGUUACUAAACUUGAUGAACUUCAUAAUUUGGAGAAAGAAGUUUUAAAACUCAAAGGAGCAGCUCACGAGUUCAGACCAUUUUUUAAAAGGGACUUGUCUGUUCUUUAUUUGAAUUCUGAUAAAGUAUUAGAAUUGGAAAAAAUUUUAUUCUCUUUGAUUGAGGAGCUUUGUGGCUUUUGCUUGAUCGGAUUCAAUGAAGUUAUUUGUUUGAGGACUACAUAUCUUGGAAAACCUAAUCGUAUCUACCGCUUAGUUUGGCAAAGUUGGUCAAUCCCAUUGUCCAGGAAUCUCUGUAACGUAUUUCAUGAAGAGAUGAAAUUGAUGCUGAUAAAUCGUUUCCUUGAGAAACAUCUGGAAAUGACUAAUAAUAAUGUUCGUUUUGAUGAAUGGAAAGAAAAGCCUUCAGAAGAAGUACAAGAGCAAGUUGAUGCCUCAAAAAGUGAAGAUUUUGAUUUAUUUGGAUCAUCUGAUGAAGAAGAUGAGGAGAAACAGCGUAUCAGAGAGGAAAGACUGAAAGCAUAUGCCAAAAAUAAAGCUAAGAAACCGGAAGGCAUCGCCAAAUCCUCAAUAAUUAUGGAUAUUAAACCAUGGGAUGACACAACUAAUAUGGAAGAUAUGGAGAAACUUGUAAGAUCUAUAGAAAAAGAUGGCCUUGUUUGGGGUGGAGCAAAAUUGGUACCGCUCGCUUACGGCAUCAAAGUUCUACAGAUCAUAUGCGUAGUAGAAGAUGAAAAAGUGUCCGUGGAUAAUUUAAUUGAACAAAUAAUUGAAGAAAUACCAGAUCAUGUGCAAAGCGUCGAUAUUGUAGCAUUCAACAAGAUUUAA